GUCACGUGACCUCCGUCGGUAUCGGUCCGACUCCACUGUAGCUACACUUUAAAAGGCUUCAGCUCGUCUGGUCACAGCACCUCCUCCGCUACAGCGUCUCCUCUCCUCGCUUUUUUUAAAAGCUCGAGUUCGACCUCCUCGGCGUGGAAGAUGUCUGUGGCCGUGUGCGUGGGGCUGUUUUGGGUCGCGCUGUCCGGGGUGAGCGGCGGAGUUUAUUUCAACCAGAAGCAGCCGUGCUACGUCCCGAAAGCGAGGACCAACAACUUCGGUCUGAAGAGCCGUCCUCUUCCUCACGAGUAUUUAAACGUAUCAGAAUUACCCAAAUCGUGGGACUGGAGGAACAUCGAUGGCAUCAACUAUGUGAGCACCACCCGCAACCAGCACAUCCCCCAGUACUGUGGCUCCUGCUGGGCCCAUGGCAGCACCAGUGCAAUGGCAGAUCGCAUCAACAUCAAGAGGAAAGGAGCGUGGCCCUCGGCCUACCUCUCCGUCCAGAACGUGAUUGACUGUGGUAAGGCCGGCUCUUGCCAUGGAGGGGAUCACAGCGGAGUGUGGGAGUACGCCAACAAACACGGGAUCCCAGAUGAGACCUGCAACAACUACCAGGCUAAAGACCAGGCUUGCAAACCUUUCAAUGAAUGUGGCACCUGCACCACCUUUGGAGUGUGCAAUAUUGUGAAGAACUACACCCUGUGGAAAGUGGGAGAUUUUGGAAGUGUCAGCGGGAGGGAGAAAAUGAUGGCGGAGAUCUACGCUAGAGGACCGAUAAGCUGUGGGAUCAUGGCCACUGACAAGCUAGAUGCCUACACCGGAGGUCUCUACUCUGAAUAUCAGGAACAACCUUACAUCAAUCAUAUCGUGUCAGUGGCAGGGUGGGGAAUGGAGGACAACGUUGAAUACUGGAUUGUGCGGAAUUCCUGGGGAGAGCCGUGGGGUGAGAAGGGUUGGCUCAAGAUCGUGACAAGUGCCUACAAGGGAGGAAGUGGAAGCUCGUACAACCUGGCGUUGGAGGAGGACUGCAUGUAUGGAGACCCAGUUGUCCCCAAGUCCUACCUGUAGAGGACAUCAGACCCCACGGUAGCAAAGGCAGUCUCUGGCAGAGACGUUUUUACAAGAGGGAAUAAGUUUGUUUUUCUCAGAGAUCUAUUUUUUACACUUGCAAUUAAAGGGGUUCAAUCAGCAUGAUCCAUGUUCCACAAUUUUCAAUGGAAACUGCCUCAGCCAAAGAGUUUAUAAUUUGUCUCACUGCUGUGCUCAACCAUUAAAGUGUGCCUUACAUGCACUGGCGGUCAAAUGCAACUGUGAUUCAUUUUUUGUUUUUGCACUCAUCUACACAUCAGAAAUUCUGGAGAAUUUGCACUUUGUUUUGUUUUAGAUCUUGUCAAUAAAAACUACACAAAAAAGUGGUCCUUUA